GACGGACGUACCUCGCGACCCGAACAAACCGAACCGAAAUGUCUCGCCCAAUCGUCGUCGUGCUCGCGGUCCUGGCGUUCCUGCAGGCCUCCUCCGCUUCGGUCGAUCUGUCCGAGACCAAGAAUGUCCUGAUCGAAUUCGCCGACAAGGAUGUCGUACCGAAAACAGCGUUGAAAAAUUUGGUGCCCAAUACGUACGUUGCUGGAUUCAUCGGAAAUCUCGAGAUUGGAAGACGAUAUUCCGACGAAACAAUUUUCCGCCGAGUUAUCGAAUUUAACAAUCCAACAAACAUCGUUCAAUCAAGUACUCUGACGCUGACUGUCACUAAUAGAAUCCUUCAUUAUAUUAGCGUAGUGAAUGACAAUGGCAGCUAUGCGGUUAUAUGCGAUGAACCGAAUACUCUGGGAUCAUCCAGGGGCAAUAUUAAUAUCCGCGCCUCUCCAAAUACGAAAUCCUAUCUCACGAUAAUUACGGCAGUGCAUUAAGGAAGCACGUAUAAAAUAAAACAAUAAUGGGCAUUUAUUAUAGCUCGUGCAUUAAUUUUUUUUUUUUCAGGAAAAUGGAAAAAAUUGCAUUUGUGUUUCUUUUCUCGAAAAGAGAUUUAUUAACUGUGAUAAGAAAAUUUCUGUAUUUCAACUGUAUCAUGUAUUUUGCACAAAAAUAAAAUCCCAAUAAGACAACAA